AUGGCAGCGAAAGAGUCCAAGAAGGAAAAUUCGGGUCGGAGAACACCCGGACCUACAAACCCGAUGGUGACGCCUAUCUUGACGGAUCAAUACCAAUUCACCAUGGCUUAUGCCUACUGGAAAGCUGGCAAGCAUCAAGAACGUGCUGUGUUUGAUUUGUAUUUUCGGAAAAACCCCUUUGGGGGGGAGUACACUGUUUUCGCUGGUUUGGAAGAAUGCGAAGGGUUCCUUGACUAUCUUCGAGGAAUUGACUGCUCUGAUGUUGAGGUGUAUGCUAUUCCCGAAGGAUCGGUUGUUUUUCCUAAGGUACCCCUAUUGAGAGUUGAAGGUCCUAUUGCCGUUGUUCAAUUGUUGGAAACACCUUUUGUCAAUCUCAUUAAUUUUGCAUCAUUAGUUUCUACUAAUGCUGCAAGGCAUCGUUUUGUUGCUGGAAAAUCAAAAACUCUGCUUGAGUUUGGACUACGAAGGGCUCAGGGGCCUGAUGGUGGAUUGGGUGCAUCAAAGUACAGUUACAUUGGGGGAUUUGAUGCAACAAGCAACGUUGCAGCAGGAAUGUUAUUUGGUAUUCCCCUUCGUGGUACUCAUUCUCAUGCAUUUGUUAUCUCCUAUAUGAGCCUUGACGAGAUUAAAGAUAAAUCGCUUCGUAAAAAAGAUGGUUCAAGCACAUGUGAAGAUUUUGGGUCGGAUUCACUACGUGGCUAUUCUGCUGAGACCAAUAAAAGUGAACUGGCAGCGUUCACAUCAUAUGCUUUGGCAUUUCCCGAUAACUUUCUUGCCCUAGUAGACACUUACGAUGUCAUGAGAAGUGGAAUGCCCAAUUUUUGUGCAGUUGCAUUAGCUCUCAGUGAUUUAGGAUACAAAGCAAUUGGCAUUAGGCUGGAUUCUGGUGAUCUUGCAUAUUUGUCUUGUGAGAUCAGGAAGUUGUUUUGCUCCAUUGAGAAGGAAUUUGGAUUGCCCGGUUUCGGGAAGAUGAGUAUCACAGCUAGUAAUGAUCUUAAUGAGGAAACGUUAGAUGCUUUAAACAAACAGGGUCACCAGAUUGACGCCUAUGGAAUUGGUACAUAUCUGGUAACGUGUUAUGCUCAAGCUGCCUUAGGUGUUGUUUUCAAGCUGGUUGAGAUAAAUAAUAAACCUCGUAUCAAACUUUCUGAAGCUGUCUCAAAGGUCACCAUUCCAUGUAAGAAACGAAUAUAUAGAUUGUAUGGGAAAGAAAGUUAUGCUUUGGUAGACAUAUUGACCGGAGAAAAUGAACCCCCUCCCAAGGUGGGAGAAAGAAUCCUGUGUCGGCAUCCAUUUAGAGAAUCGAAGAGAGCAUAUGUGGUGCCUCAAAAAAUAGAGGAGCUUCUAAGGUGUUACUGUGCUGGGAGUUCAGAUAAAAAGGAAGAAAUUCUACCUCCUUUGAAGGACAUUAGAGAGCGAUGCAUUCAGCAACUUGAGGAAAUGCGACCUGACCACAUGAGGAGACUCAACCCAACUCCGUAUAAGGUUAGUGUGAGUGCAAAAUUAUAUGACUUCAUUCAUUCCUUGUGGCUCAAUGAAGCACCUGUUGGGGAGUUGCGAUAA